AUGGGGGCUGUAGUGGGAAAGGGCGAUUCCCCUAGACAGUUUUCAAUCCAUGAAACGAAGCUAGAGGCCAAAAUGGUUGAAGCUAUGAAGCGCAGAGCAGUUAAAGGAAGUGUUAUGAAAUCGUUUAACAGCCUCAUCUUGAAGUUUCGAAAGAUUGACGAAAGCUUAAGAAAGUGCAAGGCUAUUUUUGAGCAAUUUGAUGAGGAUUCAAAUGGCGCAAUCGAUCAAGAAGAGAUGAAAAAAUGUUUUUAUAAACUGGAAGUCUCUUUUACAGAUGAGGAAAUCAGUGAUCUCUUUGAGGCAUGUGAUAUUAAUGAGGACAUGGGUAUCAAGUUUAAUGAGUUCAUUGUUCUUAUUUGCCUAGUCUAUCUUCUCAAGGAUGACAGUAAUGACGUUCACACUAAAUUGCAUAUGGAAAUGCCAGAUCUUGAGGCGACAUUCGAAACAUUGGUAGACGCAUUUGUGUUCUUGGAUAAGAACAAGGAUGGUUAUGUCAGCAAGAGUGAAAUGGUCCAGGCCAUUAAUGAAACUACAACAGGAGAACGCUCCUCUGGCCGAAUAGCCAUGAAAAGAUUUGAAGAGAUGGACUGGGACAAAAAUGGAAUGGUGAAUUUCAAGGAGUUUCUGUUUGCAUUUACCCGAUGGAUCGGAAUUGACGAUCUUGAGGACGAGGAUGAGGACUGA